UGAUGUUCUUUUGCACUCUGCCUCCAGACCCAUUUGAACCUGUACCCUGCUCCAGCCAGGGAGAAGGAGAUACAGAGUGAGCAAAGGAUACUGUAAAAAGGAAGCAUCAUGAGUGGCUCUUCAACUAACAUGAGGCUGCGGCUGCCACUGUUAUGCAUCAUCUUAGAGGUCAUCCUCAUCAUCCUCUUUGGAACGCUGGUGGAGUAUAACGAAGACACCGAUGCCAAGCACUGGAAUGAAAAGGGAAAACAUAACGAAUCCCAACACGAAAAUGAGUUCUACUAUCGUUAUCCCAGUUUCCAGGAUGUACAUGUGAUGAUCUUCAUCGGUUUCGGGUUCCUGAUGACGUUUCUUCAGCGUUAUGGAUUCAGUAGUGUCGGAUUUAACUUCCUCAUCGCAGCCUUUUCCCUUCAGUGGGCCACACUUAUGCAGGGCUUUGUACACGGCUUGCACCAUGGCAAGAUCCACGUUGGGGUUACAAGUAUGAUAAAUGCAGACUUCUGCACUGGUUCUGUGCUGAUCUCUUUUGGUGCCGUUUUGGGGAAGACAAGUCCCGUGCAACUGCUUGUUAUGGCCAUUUUCGAGGUGACAUUGUUCGCUGUCAAUGAGCACAUCCUGAUUGCUAUCCUUGGGGCUAAUGACGCUGGUGGGUCCAUGACCAUCCAUACAUUUGGUGCAUACUUUGGCCUGGUGGUGACCCGUGUGCUGUACAGGCCCAACCUGGAUAAGAGUAAACACAGGAACUCAUCUGUCUACCACUCUGACCUCUUUGCCAUGAUCGGUACCAUUUACCUGUGGAUGUUCUGGCCCAGCUUCAACUCAGCCAUUACUAAUUAUGGAGACCCCCAGCACAGAACCGCCAUGAACACUUACUACUCUCUGGCUUCAUGCACAAUGGCUACAUUUGCCUUCUCUGCCCUAGUCAACCCAGAGGGCAAAUUGGACAUGGUGCACAUCCAGAAUGCUGCUCUGGCAGGUGGUGUUGCUGUAGGAACAGCUGGAGAGAUGAUGCUGACUGCAUUUGGCUCCAUGAUCGUGGGAUUCCUGGCUGGAACUAUCUCAGUACUAGGAUACAAAUACCUCACGCCGGUUUUGGAGGAGAAACUGAAGAUUCAGGACACGUGUGGCAUUCACAACCUUCAUGGAAUGCCGGGGGUUCUUGGAGCUGUGGUGGGUGCCGUCACUGCUGCUGUAGCAUCCAAGGAUGUGUAUGGAGAUGGAUUGAGUAGAGUAUUCGGCGCUAGUGAAUCUGAGGAUUGGACUCCUGAAUUCCAUGGUGGGAGGCAGGCUAUCUCUCUGGCUGUCACACUAGGGAUGGCUUUCAUUGGUGGGCUAAUUACAGGAUUCAUUUUGAAGCUACCAAUCUAUGGUGCACCUCCAGAUACUCACUGCUUUGAGGAUGCACUCUACUGGGAGGUACCGGGGGAGGAGGAAAGUCACAAUGAGCUCACUGAAGUGAGCUCACCAAACGAAGUGGAAAAACUCAACAGCUAAAUUACUAGCUCUUUGAUACCUGUUUGUGUGUUUGUUUAUGUUCAUGUCAUGUUCACAUGUUCACAUCAGUUCACAAAGUACCAUCACUGGUGGUGUUCUCUGCGGGAUAUUUUACUUAUGUUCUUAAAAUGAAACAGCAAACUCUGUUUCAUUAUUAUAAUUAUUUUCAUUAUAUGUGUUUAUAUUAAAUAUUUCAUUAUUAGCCAAGUUGAAUAUUGAAUAAACGUUGAGAAUGUGCUACGCUAAACUCAGGCAGUGUUAUAUGUCACUCUCACAGUCAACUUUCUCUAAGAAAUUGUGAUUCUUAAUAAAACCACUAGAUGGUGAUGCAGAGCUGACUACAGCUCUGUGCUGUGAAUGAGAAAAACGAGAGAAGCUGAUGAUUAGCUUGUGAAAUAUAUUUGCAAUUUAACAAAGCCAACUUUUAUGCUCUUGCUCUCUCUCUCUCUCUCUCCUGUUUUUGCAGUGAAAGGGAUAUGUUAUGAAAUGAAUUGGAAAACAUUUGCUAUUGAAUUCUUUUUUUAUUUCCCAAAAGUGUAUGUGAAGUCUACUGUAAGAAUCAUCCUAAACAGCUGGAAUAUAUAUAUAUAUAUUGUUUUUUUAUAACAUACAAUUUUUAUGUGAAUAACAUUAUUUCUGCGUUCUUUAGGAGUAAUCAGAUUUUUCUUUUGUUCUUCUUGUUGGUCUCAAAUAGAUAUGCUGUUUUCUGAAUUAUUUGCUUUGCAGACGUAACAAUAUUAAGAGAUCAUGCAUAUGUGACACUGACACAUAUGUGACAUGUUUUUUUUUUGUUGUUGUUGUUUUUUUAAUAAGAACAUUUAAAAAAAUUGGUGAAGAUAAGUGGCAAAUUGUUAAAUGUUUAAAGUUUCAUGUUAGAUGUAUCUGUUUUAAAUUAGACAAAUAACUUUGUUUUUUGUUUUUCAAUAUUUUUUUCUACCCAAUAUAUAGGCAGCUAUGUGACAUGUUCUGUAUACAAUGGCAUUUGAACAUUCAUAUUUGUUUUUAACAACAUGAAUUCAUAGUUGUUAUUUAAUUAUUCCUGUGGUGGUGUGUGUGUGUGCGAGAAAAAUAUUCUGUAAGUUAGAAGGACGUUUUUUGUCAUUCAUAUGAGCGCGCGCGUGAUUUCUGCAUUCCGCUCGACGAUAAACAACGACAUCAAAUCGCACUGAUUCUAGGUGAAAGUGCCGUUUAAUUCAUGAAUACUUAAUGGCGCCAACAGUCACAGCGAAAAUGGUUAACUAAGAGUCCAGAUGGUCUCCGUCGCGUAAUUAGCACAGUUUCACUUUCUAGGAUCAAACGGAGAAGAGAAAGUGGGGGGUCUUAUUUUGAUAGCACGUUAUUAGGAACGCUCGCGGGGUUGUUGGGAGCAGCUCUACGCCCCUUUUCAUUCGUUCAGUGAGUGUUGUACAGAGACGGCGCCGCGGCGUGAACCAGCGCCAAUGUCUUUUCCCAGGCCUCAGACAGGUGGACAGCUGUUAUGUGAAUAGGCGCUAACGCUGAAGUGCUUAAUUGCGCUUUAUAAUCACCAAAAACGAAGAAUACUUACUGCAUGUAUUCGUGCAUUUACAUAUUUGAUUUGUUUGUGUUCUGUUUUAAAAAAAAAAAAAAUUUAAAAACUAAUUGAGCUUUAAAGAUUUUAAAAUGGUGCUGGCUUUGAGAUCUACGUGAUUUUGUUGUGCUUCUUAGUUCUUUAAAGUUGUUUUAAAAACUAGAUAUGUUUUAGGGCCAUAUUUGCACGUUUAAUGCUAAUUUUAGAACAGAUAAAAAGAAGGCCUGGCACCCAAAAAUUUAAAUUCGCAUCAUUUUCUCAUGCCAUACCAGCUAUAUUAGACUUUCUUCUGCUGAACACGAACGAAUAUUUUUAGAAGAAUAUCUCAACUCUCUAGGUCCAUACAAUGCAAGUGAAUGGUGGCCAAAAAGCACAUAAAGGCAGCAUUAAAGUAAUUCAAAAGACUCCAGUGGUUAAAUCCAUGUCUUCAGAAGCGAUAUGAUAGGUGUGGGUGAGAAACAUCAAUAUUUAAGUGUUUGUUUGUUUUUGUUUUUUUUUGUUGUUGUUUUUACUACCAAUUCUCCUCCCUGCCCAGGGAAAUCGAAUGUGAAUUGCCAAAUACAAAAGAAGAAUGUGAAAGUGGAGAUUUAUAGUAAAACAGGACUUAUAUAUUGAUCUGUUCCUCACACACACAUAUAAUAUCGCUUCUGAAGACAUGGAUUUAAACAUUGGAGUCAUAUGGAUUACUGUUAUGCUUCCUUUAUAUGCUUUUUGCAGACCAAAGUUCUGGGAAUUCAUUCACUUGCAUUAAAUGGACCUACAGAGCUGAGAAAUUUUUCUAAAAAUCUUUGUGUUCAGCACAAGAAAGUAAGUCAUACACAUCUGGGAUAGCAUGAGGGUGAGUAAAUGAUGAGAGAAUUUAACAUUUUGUGUGAACCAUCUCCUUAACCAAAAAAAAAAAAAAAAAAAAAGAA